UAUCCUUGGGAAACAUUCUAUAAAUGUUUACAACUUCACAAAUUCUUUCUGAAAGUUCGAAAGGACGUGAAUGUUUUCUUUUUCAGUUUGACGUACGACAUAUUUGGUGAAAUUGUAAACCGGAAGUAAUAGUGCGAAGAAGAUCUUGGAACGGAAGUUUUGAUAACACAGUUAUCUUUGUGAGAGAAAGGCCCAAAACUUUUCGACAAAAUGGUGAAUUGUUUAGUAAUUACGGCGAUUAUAUGUGUUUUGGUCACAACUGUAGGCACUAUUGUGUCUUUUGCGACGCCUAACUGGUUGAACGUAAGAGUUCCAGCAGGCGGACAAAAUCAACGAGUUGAUGUCUGUGAUUGUUCGGCUACAGACUGUGAUUGUGGAUUAUGGCUGAACUGCCGAGGAGGGCCAUCUUCUUCAGGCUCACUCAACAACUGUCAAUGGUUUUUCGCUAAUGAAUUUGCAAUUGAAAAGAAUUUGCCAGACUGGUUCAAGGCUGUCCAGGGAUUGAUGUCAUGUGCUGUAGCCAGCUCCAUGCUGUCUCUUCUGAUUGGUCUGUUCUCUCUUUGUUGGGCCUGUAAGGGAUGUAACCCAUACCAAGCAACUGGAGCCUUUGCCAAUCUUACAUUUCUUCUGCUGGCGGUGGCCAUUUCACUAUUUGGAGCAGAGGCUUACCUCAGAAACAAGGCUGAGGUGUUUACAGCAAAGGACCGCGGCACUGAGACCAUACUCCUGUUUGGCUGGAGCUUCUGGGUAGCCGUAGGGUCCACAGCACUGUCGCUUAUUGCCAGUAUACUCUACUUCUGUGUGGGCAGAAAUGAGGAGGAAUUUAACUAAUGAGGUCAUUUUGUGCAGUGGGUGGUUGGGGAGUUGACUUUAUAUUUACUUAAGUUGCCUGUAAACACAUCUGCAGUAGAACUUUUUCUAAACCAGGUAUACAUCAUACCUGCUUUGAAAAAAUUGUUUUAGUGAACAACAACAGAAAUAAUUUCUAUGGUCAUCAAUUGUAUUCAAAGGUCAGUGGACAAAAUAUGUUGGAACCACUGGUACAAUGUACAUGUACUUAAUUUUUUUUUUCUUUAUUUUUGAUUGCAAAAUAGGAUUUUCAAAAAAGACUAAACUGUGUAAUUUGUCAUGGUUAAGGAAUGACCUAUUGAAGCUUGAACAUUUAAGAUAUUCUUUUUGUUAUACAAUGUUAUGAGUAAUAGCAGCAAUACAUGUAUGUGUGUAUAUAUUUUGCACAAACCAAUACUUACAUUUAUAACACACUUGCAAUUGUAUAUGAAUUUUGAAUAUUGUGAGUAUAUUUGACAAAAUAAUCAUUUUGUUUUGUAUUUGUUUCCGUGCAAUGUGGCUAAAUAAGUAUAAAUUGGUGCAGAUGUACUGCCAGGUGAUUCAUAUGCCUUGUAUCAUAUUAAAAACUGAAAACCUUAUCAAAAACUAUGCAUUUGAAGAAAAAACAGCAGUCAUUUUGAGAAGCCUUUGUUUCAUUUUAUCUGCAUAUAGGCAAUUUAGAUAUAUUCUCCACAAAAUUAUUUUUUUUUACACAUGAAACAUCAAAUUUUUUCGAACAUAUCAAGCUGUUGUAAAAGUAAGUGCCUUACUGUUGUGAAAACUGAUAUGUUGUAAAAUUUGCAAGAUAUAUCACUCCUUGACAAGGUUGUUUACAUUUAAUUCGAGAUUGUAAUGAAUUGUAUUUAUUGUACAUAGUUUCUGUCAGUGUACCAUUUGUGGUUGUGACCCAGACAUUUUUUUUUAAUGAUUUGAUUUAAAAACAUUUUUUGUUUAUAUUAUAAAUAACAUGAAUUUAUACUCGGAUUCUGAUUUUAAUGUACAAGUUUCAGUCAUGCUUUGUAUGUAAGAUCACUCAUAAGUGAAGGGUAAUUUUAGAAAGCUAGUUUUAAACAUUUUGAAUGUGCCAAAACUUUGUACAGGAAAACUUACAUUAUGAUUAAUAGAGAUUUCAGUGAACAAACUUCAAGGCAGAUAACUCUAACAAAUAAAAUAACUCUUCUGUUAUAAAAUUAUCGAUACUCAUAGAUUUUUUUUUUUUUUUUGUUUUAAAUCAGCAACUUCAAAAUUAUAUGAAGCUUUGAAAAGUCUGAAUUUAAAUUUUUAUGUAAUUGUUAUUAUAUAUUCAACAUUUAUUAUUAUUUAACAUAGCUCUAUCUAUAUAACUAAAAAUCAUCUAGUCACAAAAGCUUUAUAAACUGAUAUUGUUGAAAUACUUUAAAAUAAUUGAGGUACUGGUAUGCUCUGACACAACUGUGUGGCUCUUUUCCCUUUCAAGUUAAGUGCCUUUUUCAGUGAAAUGUUUAAGAGGAAACACUUUUCAAAAAAAUAAAUAAAUAAAUAAAUAAAUAGAUAAAAUAAAAUUUUGUAUCCUUUUUUUGUACUUUUGCCAUUGUAUUUUAUAUUAAAGAGAUUACUCAUUAUAUAUAUACAGGAGCUUUAUGAAAGAAAAUUUGCAACAGUAAUAACUUACAUGUAUAAAAAAUAUUCAUUUUAAUAGAAUACUUUGUGCAAUUGCCUGUUAUUUGUAGCAUGUAAAUAUUUUUUUUACAUUUAAUAGAUAAUUAAAUAACCACACCUCUCAAUUUACUAUGGACAUUGCAAGGAAGAUAAAUACAGUUGAACUUCUGUAUCUUGAAGAUCAAUAUCUCAAAUACCAUGGUUAUGUUGAAGUGAGUUGGAAUUUCCAACCACUUAAUGUAUCUGAACCUCAAUAUCUGGAAUCUCAGAUAUCUCUGGGGUUUUUUUUGGCCUCAUCAAGUUCUAGAUAAAGAGGUUUGACUGUAUUAAUUUAGAAGAAAAAGACAAUGUUUGUAUUCUGUUUUAAUUGCCUGUCAGUUGGAAGAUUAGAUCUUGAUAUAAACUUGUCCUUUGAAUAAUAUGCAAGAUUUUGUAAAUUUCAUUAUUGUGUGUUGUCAUUGGUUCAUGAAAUGUAAAUGUUUUAUUGGUGCUGCUCACUUUGAUGUCCAUGUAGUUUUGUUCACUAGAAUUGAGAAUGUUUGAGUGGAAAUUUUGUAUGUCUGUGAAAAUCUCACUUUGAUAUUUUUAUUUAUUUGUGUAUUUUUUUUUAUUGUAGGAAAGAUCACUUUUCAGUUAUGCAUUUAUUCAGUUUUCCCAUGAUUACCAGGUAAUUCCUGGAUGAUGGAUCAUAUAGUUUUAUAUGUACAUGUAAUAUUGAAAUGCUGAAUAUACGUACUGAGACAUAUCAUGCAGUAAUGAAACAGCUGUCUUCCAGAUUAAUGAGUAUUCAUUUAUCUUUUUAUCCUUAUACACAUCUGAUUAUAAUUUUUUUUCCAGACUUUUGAAGCUUGUGUUUUUUUUUUAUUAUCUUUUUUUUUAUAUCAAAUAACAUAAAUUCUCCUUUUUUCAAUUUUUUACAUUCAGAAUGUUCAUCAUUUAUAAUAUUGACAAUAGUAAGUUUAUCGCUGAUUGGGCACAAUGAUUUAAGUGUAGCAUUCUGAAAAAAAGACUUUUUUACCCACAUUUGAUGAAGGGAUGAAUGGAAUCCUAAUGAUUUCUCUUAUAUUUUUUACUUUCUUAAAACAAACUGCUGAUCUUAAUGGGGUCACAGUCUUUUGCUCAGGAUAUGUGUGGAUGUCUGUCUGUGUGCCUAAAUUUAUUGUGUCUGUACUUUUGUUUACAUUUUAUUAACACAGGCAUACUAGCUCAUAAAACACCCAGACUAUGUGUUAAGCAUUUAAGAAUUUGUAUUUAUUUUAUGUACCCAUUUUAGCCUUUGUCACUGAUUUUCUGUUAUUUGUUAACAAGUAUACCUGAAUGUUUUAGACAUCACAUAAGUAUGAAUAUUAUACAAAUUCAUUAUUGUAGCUGAUCAUUUACACAAUAAUGGUUAUGGUAGAUUUGUAGUAUAGAAUAAAAGUGUCCAUCAUUUUC